AUAUCAUGUCAUUAUAUGGACGGAAUAAAAUUUGCUGAGUUUAAAUCAAAACACUGACGCGGCUACGUACAUGAUUAUAUUUAAGUUGUUAUUGUACGAAUCACCUUGACAACACGUUUUAAAAACACACUGACUGACUAUUUGCACUCCGUCUUGAAAAGCUUUUCGUCUAUUUACAAAAACUAUUAUUUGAAAGUCCUUUUCUCUAAUACCAACGAAGAGAAUGACAUUUGAAGCACAGCGCAUGGAGACGCCAAUUGUUCUGGAGAUGGACAGCGUGAGCGCAGAGGGUGAGCACAGAGGACUUGAGUACUUGGUGGAGGAGAUCAAGUCAAGGUACUCAAUAGACAAACUGCUGGGUGAAGGAGGUGAAGGUGCAGUAUAUGCAGGGGUUCGACUGUCGGAUGGCACCGAGGUUGCCAUAAAAGUUUCCAAGGUGGACCCUUACUUGGGAAUGAUAGCCAUCAGUGGAGAGACCACUCCCAUUCCCGUUGAGGUCGGACUGAUGAAGAUGGUCUCCCAGCCAGUCCGUUGCCCGGAAAUCCUGGAGCUGCUGGAAUGGGUUGUGGUCCAGGACUACCUGGUGCUUAUAUUAGAAAAACCAAGCCCCUGCAUGGACCUCCUGGACUUUUGUGAACUCCACGGAGGUAAGCUGCCUGAACUCCUGGCGAGGGACAUCAUGGUCCAGGUGGUUCAGGUAGCUUGUCAUUGCUGUGCCAGAGGAGUGUUCCACAAUGACAUCAAACUAGAGAACAUCCUCGUCAACACCGAGACGCUUCAGGUGAAGCUCAUUGAUUUUGGAGCUGGCGACCUGCUGAAGGAAACUCCCUAUACCUACAGCCCAGGCACCAAAUGUCCAAGAGCAGUAUCGCAGUGUGUGCCAGGCUGGAAGCUGCAUGACUUAAGAAUUUUGGAUAAUUAUGCCUUUUUAAGAAUCUUACACUCCAUAUUCACCUGUACAUUAGUCCAUGUCAUAAUCCCCUAAUUAUCUAAUGAUCUCACUCUCCAGAAUAAAAAAGAAAAAUCAGAAUCACAAAGGGAACUUUUGCAGGAGUAAAAAAAACUCUCAAAUUCUAAAUUAUUGACAUAUUUGUCAAUCUUGUGCCUGCACUGCAUCAUGUAGACCUCCAUGUAGAUGAGUAUGAUGAACCAUUGUGAGAGGCGCUGGCUGUGCAGGCUUUCCUUUGCCGUAUCUGGCAUCGCUACACUCUCCAAAGUGUCUCUCUACCUCUCAGAAGGAGUCUAAUAUUAUGCAACAGUGGACAACUGUGCCAGACAGACCAUCCAUGGAUAAAAAAAUGAGAAGGCACUCUACUGCGUUAUUCAUUCAUCUGCCAGGAAAGUAAAUAUUCAUAUAUACUGUAGUUGUAUUGAAAAGCAGGUUAACGUCCAUUGAAAAUGAUCAACGGACGUAACAAGAAAGCAAAGCUUUAAUGCUUCAAGUUACUGAAUGUGAUAUAUUGAUAUAAUAUGAUA